AUGUCUUAUCACGGCAUUUACCCAAAUCAAUUCAUUGAAUUACGAAGUAUCCAUGAAUACUACAUCGAUACAUAUAAUGCUUUGUAUCAGUUAAAAACGGAAAAUGAAGAAGAAUUAAACAAUAUUUACAUUAUGAUCAAAACAAUGUUGGCAAAUUCAAAGAAAUCCCUUCCCAAAAAGAUCAUUAAAGAUAUUUUAAAUAUCAUUCCGUAUAAUAAUCGUUAUGCAAAGUCAUAUUUAAAACUUGCCAAGCUCAUAUAUGAUGAUUAUCAUGUACAAGAUGUCAAUAAUGUUGCGAAUAUUUCAAAUUACCUGUUUUAUCAAAAAUAUGGAAUUCAAUUAUUGAAAACUGAUCGUUUCGCAAUACGUAACUAUGAAACUCUUGAUAUUCAUACACAAGAUACAAUUUACAAAGCAAUUGCAUAUAAUGACAAAGAAAGAUUCAUCUCAUUUACUGAAAGUAAAGGAUUUGAUGAAAAUCAAAAACUUCAGUGUGAUUUAUAUCCAGAUUGGGAUGAAAAAUAUUCAUUACUUGAAUUAUGUUGCUAUCACGGAGCAGUUGAUUGUUUUAAAUUCUUAAGAACUAAAUUUAACGCAGAAAUAACAUAUUGCUGUCUAAAAUUUUCAUUUUUAGGAGGAAAUCCUGAAAUUAUGAGUGAAUGUUUGAAAUAUCAAACACCAUAUGAUUCGUGCAUGUGGUAUGCAAUUAUUUCACACAAUAUUGAUUUUGUUACGUUCUUGAUGAAUGAAUACAAUAUAAAGAUCGAUUUACUCUAUUGCGAAAAAUACAAAAAUCUUGAAGCAUUUUUAGUUUAUUUCGAUCAAACUAAUGAUGUUAAUAUAUGUUUUGUUUAUUCUACGGCAUUUGAUAUUCAGUCCUUGUACGAAUAUUUUCUUUCACAUGGUGCAAAUAUCAAUGGAAAAAAAUAUGGAGGAAAAACCGUUCUUCAUAUUGCAGUAGAAGAUGAUAGAAAAGAUACAGUGGAGUUUCUUAUUUCACAUGGUGCAAAUAUAAAUGAGAAAGAUGAUGAUGAACGAACCCCUCUAUUUUAUGCAGCAAUAUGUGGUAGUGAAGAAUCAACCGAAUUUCUAAUUUCACAUGGUGCAAAUAUAAAUGAAAAAGAUAAAUAUGGAAAACCCCCUCUUUUUUUUGCAAUAACGAAGCAUCAUAAUGAAAUAGCAGAAUUUCUUAUUUCACAUGGUGCAAAUAUAAAUGAAAAAGAUAAUGAUGGAAAAACUGCUCUUCAUUAUGCAAUAUAUAAUAAAUAUAUAGAAACAGCAGAGCUUCUUAUUUUACAUGGUGCAAAUAUCAAUGAGAAAGAUUAUUAUGGACAAACUGCUCUUCAUUAUGCAGCAGAUCAAAAUAAUAAAGAAAUAAUCAAAUUUCUUAUUUCACAUGGUGCAAAUAUAAAUGAAAAAGAUAAAUAUGGAAAAACCCCUUUUUUAUGCAACAGGUUUUUGUAA